CACUUCCUUGGGAUACCUUGGGGGUGGAGAAAAUGUUGUUCCUAGCCGCCACUCUGGCCGCCCCUGUCCCGCGUGACGAAGCUAGCGGCCACUCUGGCCGCCGCCUCGACUGGGAUGCGUUCUUCACCGCUCUCGAGGUUAACGUCAACACAAACGUUCCCGUCACAGUGGGGGUCGGCGACGAGGCUGCUGCUGCUGCCAUCAGUGCAGCCAAGGGUCAGCAGGGAGGUGCGGUCGCGGAAUUUGCCCCUCAGGGCGCAGAGCAGCAGCAGCAGGGCGCAUACAACUACUACAGCUCGUACGGCGGCGGCCAGUACUAUGGUGGACAGAAUGACUAUGCUGGCAACGACCGGGCGCUGUUGCCGCCGUCUCCUCCACCACCUCCACCUCCUCCCUCGCCGCCGCCCUCGCCGCCGCCACCGCCGGUCGGCUUUCGUGACGACCGUGACGACUACCCUCCGCGGCGGGACGCGGCUUGGGAUGCCGCGUGGACGGGAGAGCGGUCGCCCGUUGCGCCUCACCCGGUCUGGGGCAGCGCCUCCCGGGAGAGCGGCUGCGGCUACGAGACGGUCGACUGCGGGCCAACCUGCUGCGGCGCGGGCGACCGCUGCCGGGACGCGCGGCUGGGGCAGUGCGCCGACCGAUACGGCAGACCGAAGGCUCCGGUGGGCUUCACCGGCGAUGCGGCCGAGGACGCCACCUCCGGUCUCCUCGGGUGGGUGGACAACUUCAAGCCUCCAGUUACCGUCAGCGUCGGCCCAAAGUUCAGACUGACGGGCUCAUCGCGAACGUGCGACUGCUACACUUGCGCCGGCGAUCCGUGCUCCCCCUCCUCGGGCAGCUCUACCCACCGCUGCAGCACCUGCGGCCCCUCAACCGCCCACUGCAGCGGCAGCCGCGACUCGAAACAGAUCGGAUGCUGGUUCUCGGGCGAGCCGAACCUGGAAGGUGGCCAUUGCCAGUGCCACUGAGGACUGCGGGGGGGGGGGGGGGGG